CAUCCGGCGAGUAAGAGGAAGUAAACAGAGCCGCUUCUGUUCUUUGAAUGAGAAUUAAACAUUUUAUUGAAUUUUCUCAGCGCAGCUCGGUCUGUAAACGGACACAGUUCAGACAUGAACGGCCAGGCUGAAUUAGAUGUGGAUUACAAGCGGAAAUACAAAAACCUCAAGCGCAAAUUAAAGUUUUUGGUGUAUGAGCAGGAAUGUUUUCAGGAGGAGCUGAGAAGAGCACAGAGAAAGCUGCUUAAGGUUUCCAGAGACAAAAGUUUUCUGCUGGACAGAUUGUUACAGUAUGAGCGGGUGGAUGAAGACUCCUCUGACUCAGAUGCCACAGCGUCCUCAGAGAGUGACGGAGAGGGUCCCAGAGAAAGAGAACGAGAGGCAGGAAAGAACACUCUUUCCAGGAGGCGGAGCCCUGGAGUUCCACCCAUCACUUCAGCUUCAUCCCCCCAUCUCUCUCUGCUUCCUCGCCCUGGAGCAACCCCUCUUCAGUCCUCGGCACCCACCCAGUAUCUCAACACGUUACCCUUCCCUCCUGACUAUUUGGCUCCCUCUGCUGAGCGAGUGAAGAAAGAGAGAAAAACAAAACCGUCCAAACCAAGGAAAGAGCCUGCAGGAAAGGUUGUCUCUCCUUUGGCUUCUAAUUACCCAGCAGGCGGCGCUCCGGGCGCGGGUUCGUCCGGCCCGUUCAGCUGGGUCCCGCGGCAGAUGCUGAGUGGAGACGCCGCAGAGGAAGAAGGAGAGAGCGAGGCAGAAAGCGAUGGAGGAGAGGAGGAGAGAGGAGAGGGAGAAGAAGCUGAGCUGGUCAUUGACAUUCCUAAUGAGUGAAAGGAAAGCAGCAAAAGACUGUGAUGUGUUUUUACCAUCAGUCGGGGUGCAACUUCAAAGAAAAACAAUAUCUGUUCGCCAUAACAACAAAGGCUGGGUACCGAAAAUACUUCAAUAUUAAUGAAUUAAUUGUCAACAGUAUCAAAUUUCAGUACCUAAGUAGUCAGUCUUUGCAUCCGUGAGCCAAUAAUACUUGUUCUAAAAUCAUGUAUAUAUUUGCUAUUAAUGCCCAUUUGUGUCCAUGGAAUUUUGUAUUCAUUGAUAUACUAUCAGUAAGCUGUUACCGCCACCUAAACAAGUCCAAUAAACAAAACCCAAUUAUUAUUUUUGAAUUAUUAGGUGAUUUGCUGUGCCAUUAUUUUGCAAUACUAUCACAUUAUUUUGAUAUUCUAUCCUUAAUUUGAAAUUCGUAGUUAUUAUUUUGACAGGGUUUAUGAAGUGAUUAUUUUGAGGUUUAUGGUUUUGAGAUGAAAAUAAUAGUUUCUCAAAAUAAUGAGAACAUUUCUCAGAAUAAUGAAAUGAUAUCUCAAAAUAGUGACUUUGCGUCUCAAAAAAUUAGACAGUAUCUCAAAAUAAUGUGAGAGUUUUUCAGAAUAUCACGAAAUAAUGGCAUGACAAUUCACGUCAUAAUGAAAAAAAAUUAAAUUAGGUGGUGGAUUUUUUUUUAUUUUAAGUGGUGAGAAUGGGCUUCCGCAGUAAGCCAUGCAAACACGGUCAACAUUGUUUUUCCCCAAAUCUAUAAAACCUCUUUCUACAUUAGUAUUGUUUCAUAUUAAAAUAUUUAAAAGGUG